AUGUUCAAGUACAUUGCCAGAUUCACAGGCGUCAGCAAAGACGACCUACCAACGCGCUCAAUGCAGAUCGUAGACUAUCGCGUUGUAUCCCAGGAUUCUUUGUCCGAAGCCUGGGUGCUAGCCCACAAAGACGGAAAACUAUACCACGCAAUCAAGAAAGGCAUCCUUUCCGACCGGGACAUUGACCGUGCCGACCCUUCAACCUGGAUAGACCUCAACCCAGCCAAUUUCUACCCGCAGUACAAACCUGAGUACACACGCAUUUGGGAAGUCCAAGGCUGCGAAACGAAGGAGCAUUACAAGAAGCAUCAUGCCGUUCUGCAAGCGGGCCACCGGCGCAUUCGCAACACCCGUUACCCAGACUUUGUGGCUAAGACGACUGCACGCGAGAUUGAGAUGUGCGAGAAACUUCGCGUAAACCCUCAUAAGCACAUCUGCAGAUAUCACGGUGUACAGACUAGUCGUGUGCUUCGGUUUGAGUACCGUGGGUCUCACAUCGAAGUGCCCAUGGAAGGAGAGCGCGUCCUAAAUCUGAUCUUCGACAAAUACAAUUGCGACCUCUGGGAAGCAGUUCAGCGCGGUUACGCUAUACAUGUGCGAGACUGCCUAGAAGCUAUUGCUUCUGCGAUACGGCACCUACACUGUCUGGGUAUCGUCCAUGGGGAUAUUAAACCCCAGAACAUUUUUCUAAGGUACCCUGAGGCUCAGUAUGACGCGACUCCAACACGCUACGUCGUGGGCGAUUUCGACAGUGCGCAACCCACUGGUAGCGUAAUCGAUGGGAAGCACGGUACUCCGUACUGGUCGCGGGAGAAGAAGGUCUGGGUUGAUACCGUGGAGGAAGAUGAUGAUUGGUUUUCUUUGGAGAGAAUGAGGAGGUGGCUGGUUGAGGUUACGAAGGGUAGGUUGGAAGAUUAUGAGGGGAUGGAUUGGGGAGAAAGUGGAGACGUAGGUAUUGUUUGA